CAAAAAGUUCACUCCUCCCACAUCCGCCAAUUCGAUUGCCUGGUGAGCGCCAACAUCAUCGGAAACCGCAAUCAUGGGUAUCUCGCGUGACUCUCGACACAAGCGCUCCGCCUCCGGUGCCAAGCGCGCCUACUACCGGAAGAAGCGCGCUUUCGAGGCUGGUCGCCAGGGUGCCAACACCCGUAUUGGCCCCAAGCGCGUCCACACCGUCCGCACUCGUGGUGGUAACCACAAGUACCGUGCCCUCCGUCUCGACUCGGGCAACUUCGCCUGGGGCUCCGAGGGCUGCACCCGCAAGACCCGUGUCAUCGGUGUCGCCUACCACCCCUCCAACAACGAGCUGGUCCGAACCAACACCCUGACCAAGAGCGCCGUCGUCCAGAUCGACGCCGCCCCCUUCCGACAGUGGUACGAGGCCCACUACGGCCAGCCCAUCGGCCGAAGACGCCAGAAGGCCCAGGCCGCCAAGGAGGGCAAGACUGAGGAGGAGGUCAAGAAGUCCAACGCCGUCGAGAAGAAGCAGGCUGCCCGUCACGCCGCCCGCGGCAAGGUCGAGAGCGCCGUCGAGAAGCAGUUCGAGGCCGGUCGAUUGUUCGCCGUUAUCUCCAGCCGACCUGGCCAGUCCGGUCGCUGCGACGGUUACAUCCUGGAGGGUGAGGAGCUCGCUUUCUACCAGCGCAAGCUCCACAAGUAAACUGGCGGCUGUUGAAAUCUGGUGAAGAAGAAAGGACUGUUGGCCCCUGGUAUGGUGUUCAAGGAUUUCUCGCUGUCUUGGCAUUUUCAAGGCAUGAUGAGCUUCACAUAACGCAUCGGAAUGGGUCCUUAGGGAAUAAAAAUUUUUCUUGCGACGAAUGCAAUUUCAUGAUCAAGGUCUUUUCUCUUGCUACUUG